CUCGAUCUCUGAGAAGUGACCAAAGGGGAGGUAAAAUCAUUCCAGGCAUGAGGUGAACAUCAAUAAUGUAGCCAUGUGGCUUUGGGCCUGGAACCUGCUGGGAACUGUUCUGCUGUUCCAUUUCUCUAAAGGCCUUCAAGACUGUGUGGACAUCCGUCUGUCAGCUUCUGUCAUCCACUUGGGUACCUCCAUUACAGCUUCUUGUACCAUCAACCCUAACUGCAGUAGGCUGGCUGGGAUAGCCACUAAAAUUGUGUGGAAGUUGGACUGGGAGAAGCUGCCUGAGGAUUGGCAACAUGAGAGGGAAAAUGGAACUCUGGAGUCCAACAUUACCCUUCCCCACCUCAACCGUACCCAUGCCAUGCUCUCUUGUUGCCUGCUUGUGGCAGAGACUCCCCAGAUCAUAGGACAGGCAGAGCUGCAGGCUGGCUACCCUCCUCAGCCACCUAGCGACUUCUCCUGCAUCAUGAACCUCACAGUCCAGGAGCUCAUCUGUCAGUGGAAGUCUGGUCCCAGCACUCACCUGCCCACCAAAUUCACUCUGAAGAACUACAACUCUACAAGCAAGGAUAAUUGCCAGUCUAGAAAAGAGCCCAUCCAACACUGUGUCUCUGAAGAUGGUAAGAACCAGUGCUCCAUCCCCCGAAGCCAGCUUCCCUUGUACCAGAAGAUAGACAUCUGGGUGAAGGCAGAGAAUGUGCUGGGAGAGGCUGAGUCUCCACACUUGUGCAUCAACCCCAUGGAUGUGGUAAAGCUAGAACCCCCAAUACUUCAGGCUGCUAAGUCCAGGCUGGGCCCAGACUCCUCCUUUCCCCAGCCUGGAUGCCUCCAGCUAAAGUGGGAGAAGGCCAGGAUGAGCAAGCACGUGGAGCAGAUGUGUGAGCUUCAGUAUCAGCGUCCUGGAGAGCUGGCCUGGGUCCAGGUGUCACCCUUCUUGAACUUAGGUCUUCAGCAUGAAGGAGAGUAUGACCUUUGUGGCCUCCUCUUUGCCACCCGCUACGUCCUGCAGAUGAGGUGUGUCCGUUGGUCCCUGGGUGGCCAACUGGGUGGUCACUGGAGUGACUGGAGCCCCAGGCUGGAACUCACUACCAGGGAGAGACGUCCCAUGGUCAGACUGGAUGUGUGGUGGAGGCGACGAGUAUGGAAACUGGACCCAAAAAUGAUGGACAUGCAACUUCUCUGGAAGCCAGUGCCCACAGAGGAACGCAGGGACAGGAUCCAAGGUUAUCUGGUCUUCCCAAGUCCUCCAAGACGAGAUGGGGAGUCCCUACCCCUGUGCAACACCACCGAGCUAAGCUGUGCCUUCCAGCUGCCAGAGGGGACUCAGGAGGUCAUCCUCACAGCCUACAACACAGCCGGAGAAUCUCUCCCAACCGCUGUCACCUUCUGGGAAUGCCAAGGUGCCUCUCUGUCCAGCAUCCACACCUCUGCCCCAGAUGCUCACAGCCUCUGGGUAGGAUGGGAACACCCCCUCGGCCAGCCCCUCCCCAGGGCUUAUGUGGUAGAGUGGUGCCUAGUGCCAGCCCAAGAGGGUGACUGUGAUGGCAACUGGAAGAUGGAGUCCAAUGGAAGCAGCACUGGAACCCUGCUGGAUGAGAACAUCAUGCCCUUCCAGCUCUACAAGAUCACUGUGUCCCCCCUGUACCAUAGCACCAGAGGGCGCCCCCAGCACGUCUAUGCUUACUCCCGAGAAAAGGCCCCAUCCCGUGCCCCUAAGCUAAAGCUGAAGCAUAUUGGAAGGACCUGGGCAGAGCUGGAAUGGGAGCCUGGGGCCCCAGAGCUGGGGAAGAGCCCCAUCACCCAAUACACUGUCUUCUGGACCAACGCUCAGGAUGAGGGAUUCUCCAUCAUCCUAAAUGCCUCCUCUCGAAGCUGCAUCCUCCAUGGCCUAGCACCCACCAGCAUGUACCACGUCCAUCUCAUGGCUUCCAAUCAAGCUGGAAGUAUUAACAGCACAGACCUCACAGUGGUGACCAUAGCUCUAGAGGAGAAAGAUAUCAAUGUGCUCCUGAUCCUGAUCAGCCUCUUCUCUGUGAUGUUUCUCUGCAUUAUUAUGCUGAUCUGCCUCCAUAAGAACCACAAGAUGAAGAAUCAAUUCUGGCCAAAUGUCCCAGACCCAGCCCACAGCAGCCUGGGCCAGUGGAUCCCCACAAUCCUUCCUGGGGAAACCAUUCAUCUGUCAAGUGUGAGGGACCCUGCCAUGCCCCCUGUCUCCAAGAUCAUAGUCCUGAAGGAGGAGGAGAAGAAGCCACCACCACAAACAAUUGAGACAGAUGAAGAGGCCAAGAGCCUCCCCCACCUGGUCCAGGCUUACAUUCUCCAAGGGAAUCCUUUCCUGCCAGAGCCCCUUCCCAGACCCAAUAGCCCCAUCCAGUAUGGGAAGGUAAUGGGAAACCAAGGGUACCAGUGCCAGCACAGACCCCCGGCUGGGCUCUACCUGCGCACAGAAUCCACACAGCCCCUCCUGGUUGACCUCACCCCAAGCCCCAAACCCUAUGAGAACAUGUGGUUCCAAAGAAGUCCCCCUGGAUCUAGGGUUCCCAGCUCUCAAGGCUUCCCAGAAGAGGACAGCGAGGACUCUGCCUUCCUUCCCCAUUGCCCACAAGGACCACUUCCUGAUUUUCCCCUUCUACAAGGUCUAAGGAUUGAAGGAGCUGAAGGACUGGGCAGCAUUUAGAAUCCCUUAUAGACUCCCAGCUCAAACUCCUUCCAUUCUGCAAGGUGCCCUCCCACACCUGGACCUCGGUUCAGGGUCCACGUGGGAGGAAGAAUCCCAGAGUUUUCCAUUGUUCUCAAGAGUGGACAAGAGAUUUUGGUUGCCCUAAUGGGGAAGACAGCUCAGGACCUCUCCAACUGAGUUGUGGUGAGGGUCUUUUCUGCACAGUACAGGAAAUCUAGGAGGAAUCACUAAAAGAAACUAGAACCCACCCAUCCCCCAAAAGACUGUCCUCUCCUCCAGCCCUCUCCCCUUGUACAGAAAGAUGUUCCCUGCCCCAGGGUAGAAUGGCCCUGGCUGCCCCACCUACCAAUUUCCCCACCUGCAUCGAGUCUGUUUUGUGGGCCCAUGUCCUGACAAGAAAGGACCGUGCAUAUUUCCUAAAGUCAAAGAAUCCUAUCCUUGCUCCUUUUCGUACCUGCCAUAUGACUUCCAAAUGGACAAUAUUUUAAACUGAUUCUUUCAGAC